AUGGGGCUGCCCCAGUUAAUGCUGUGGUUGAAGAAGCUCUGGGUGCUUUUGAAGGUGACCCUGCAUGUGGCCGUGGGCAAGGUACUACUGACACUGUUCCCUGAGAGAGUCAAGCAGAGCAUCCUGGCCCAGAACCCCCACUUUGCCUAUGACAUGUGGAGCUCGACCAUCUUCAGCAUCCCAUACUUCAGGUUUAUCCUGAAGGUCCAUUGGCAGCGACUGGAAGACAAGACUGAGCAAGGGGGUCUGGCUCCAAACUGUCCUGUGGUCCACCUUUCAGGUCAAAGGUGCAACAUUUGGGACUUCAUGCAAGGCACCAGGCCAUUGGUACUGAAUUUUGGAAGCUGCACCUGACCUUCAUUUCUUUCCAAAUUUGACCAAUUCAAGAGACUUAUAGAAGACUUUAGUUCCAUAGCAGACUUUCUCAUCAUUUACAUUGAAGAAGCACAUGCAACAGAUGGCUGGGCUUUUCAGAACAAUGUGGCCAUCAGGAAUCACCGGAACCUCCAGGACCGCCUGCAGGCAGCUCACCUGCUUCUGGAGAGAAGGCCAACGUGCCCUGUGGUGGUGGACACCAUGCAGAACGUGAGCAGCCAGCUCUACGCAGCACUGCCCGAGAGGCUCUAUGUGCUCCAGGAAGGCAGGAUCCUUUAUAAGGGUAAGCCUGGCCCUUGGAACUACCAUCCAGAGGAAGUGCAUGCUGUUCUGGAAAAGCUCAACAGUUCAUCUGGACAGUAG